AACGUCCUACUUUUUAUUGACUGUACCUGUAUACAAAGAUAUCCAAAAGUAUGAUUAUCCAGUUUAAAUAUAUGAUCUAUGCAUGUAACGGAAUGACGACUGACUAAUUCUAGAAGAGAGUGCGUGGCUUAACAAUCAUAUGCACUGAUCUUGAUUUGCAAAAUGACCGCUAACCAUGGUCAGCAGGCCUCUAGCCCAAGGAACUCUGGAGGGGGUGUGUCUGUCCGUCCGAGCCAUCGGUCAUAUCGCGAAUAUGUACGCCAGCAGCGUAAUCUGGUUGUGAAGGAGGAAGACCUGGGUAGUCCAAGGUUAUGGCGCCAAAUGACAUGUGGAUUUGUUUGUGCAGCCUGUGUAGGACUUUGCAUGCUGACAGUUGGUAGUGUGUUUAUUGCAGAGGCAAUACACUCUCAGUACUCGAUCACCAUCAUGCUGUGUGUCAUGGGAAUGGUUUGUGGACUCAUCAUCUUGGUUGGAACAUUGAUCUUAGGGAAACUUUGGAUAUCAAGGAAAUGGAGGAUAGCCCAUGGACAGCAGCCCUCCCAACACCCACCGCAACAGUGUUUUCACACUUGUUCAGUAAUCAACACGCCCUCCCAAGAUCAGCUGGCUUACACUACGGAUCUUCCUCCAGCCUAUGAGACCAUUAUGAUGACUGACCUACCCCCAGGGGUAAUUUCCCCCGUCCACCCUCCCGACACCGAGCCAUCCACUUCCAACUCUGUGACCAGGCAUCAAGUGAAAGCUGUCAUGGCACUUCCUCCGAAUUAUUCAGAUGUAGCAGCUCCAUUGCCCUCCUACGGUGAACCUGUUUAAAAUCAAUAUCACCAGGAACCAAACUGAUAUAGCCAAAUUUUCACACUAGAAAUAUUCUUAUAUUUUAAUCUACAUAUGUAUGUUAAGUUCUGAGUUGAUGCACAUUUCUGACAUUAUUUUCAUCCGAAUUUUCUUUUUCCUAUGAUUUAGGAAGAAAAGCAUAAUUGAAAUGAUAUUCAAUAGGAGUUGGAUCAAGAUAUCUUUAAAAGUUUGACAGAUGUAUUGUUAUUUUGGUAGUUUUAUAUGUUUAUGUGCUUUUAAAAGAAUCUUAAUGAUUGGUAAACGUCCUGAUACCAAAUUUUUUCUUGUGAAUCAUUGAAUAUUAAAAAUAAAAGUAACACCAUCUGUUUGUAGCCCAAAGAUAACAAAGUUUGCAUGCUGUAUUGUAAUACAUUGUUUUGAAACAUCCUGUAACACAUCUACACACACGAAGGUAAUUUGUUAUUGUGCUGUUUGGUUUGUUUUUACUCCAAACUCAAUCUGAACAUGAUCUGUACGUUAGUUACAGUAUUGGCCAUGAUAUCGCCUGGUUGUGAUCAUUCCAGAUGAUGGUUGACACACUAACACACAGGAAAUGUUAAGAUAGUGUCGUUGGGUUGAAGGACAUCGAGAAAUAAUGAGUUUAACAUCCUAAAUAUAUGGUGUAUACAUGUACCGGUAUUAGGAAUAGUUAUGUGAUAUACAAAUUAUGUAUCAAAGAGGAAAACAUGAAUUUUAUAUGUAACUUUUUAUUGGUUUCACUAUGUCACCUUCAGCAGACAAAUGACCAAUGAGGGUGUAUACACCAAGUUAUGAAGUGCAUAGGAAUAGCAAUCAAGACCUUGUCUUUCACUCUUAAAGUAUAACUUGAUUGUAAAUAACAAACAAAUGACGGGAAGUUGUUAAAUAGGAUUCUGCUGUUCGUACUUACCUAUCUGGACAAAAUAUAUAAAAUAAUCCUGUUUUAUUAAUGAUGACGAGUAUUGAAUAGUAAACAUCUACAAUAUCAUUGUGUGAUGUCAU